AUGGCUACCCCUAGUGUCCUUACUUUUGAUGCUGAGGGCCGUGCCGUUGACUUUGAGGUCUGGGUCGAUGACCUUCAGCUGUUUCUCCAGUGCGAUAGGGCAGACGGACUCUCUCUGUUCGAUCUCACCUCUGGUGUCUCUCCUGCCCCGCCUGCCACUGCUGACAGCACUGUUCGCUCACAGUGGGCCACACGCGAUGCUGCUGCUCGCCUUGCUGUGCGUCGCCACUUACCGACCACUGAGCGUGCACACUUUAGCCAGUACAAGAGUGCUCAGACCUUGUACGACGCUGUAGUUGCACGCUACUCUUCCCCUGCCACUGCUGCAUUGAGCCGCCUCAUGCUACCGUACCUCUUCCCUGACCUUGCUGCCUUUCCCACAGUCGCUGACCUCAUUACGCACCUCCGCACUAGUGACACUCGCUACCGCGCUGCGCUUUCUGCUGAUUUUUGCGCCAAGAACCCCCCCCCCCCCAUGUACAUCACCCUCUACUACAUAGUCACCCGGCUCCCUGACUCUCUUCGCGUAGUCAGGGACCACUUCCUCUCAGUUUGCCCCACCACUCUCACCGUUGACCUCCUCGAGAAGGGCCUCCUAGCAGCAAAGAAGAGCAUAGUCGCUGUAGGAGCCUCUCGUGGUGACCCUUGCACCCCCGUCUUUGAGGGGUGUACCCCCUCCCCCCUCUUGCCCUCUGUUGCUUCUGCUGCUGCGGUCGACCUCGUUGGUUUCGAGUCGAUCGGCGCUGCGUCUGCCCCUAGCGGGAGACGCCGCACCGGCAAGGGCAAGGGGGGCAAGGGCACUGGAGGGGCUGGCGGGGGCGGUGGAGGUGGUGGUGGAGGUAGUAGAGGGGGUGGGGGUGGUGGUGGGAGUGGUGGCGGGGGUGGCGGCGGCAGCGGCAGCAGUGGAGGCGGAGGAGGCGGCGGUGGUGGAGGAGGGAGCGGAGGCGGCGGAGGUGGCGGAGGAGGCGGCGGAGGCGGCGGCGGCAGCAGUGGACCUGGUCGCGGCUCUGCGCAGAGGAGUGGCUCCGGUGGUGUCGGCCGGUUGUAG